GGGUUGUUCAGGCUGUGGGGGCAUCAAUGGAUUUGGAGCAAAAAAAUAGAGAUACUAUUAACAUUUGAGAAGAGGAACGAGGGCCGUGAAUUUGAUUCUAUAUUUUUACAGUUUUGCCAAAUCCAAUUCUUGCUAUAUAUCGUUAGUUGGGUACGCAUUGAAAGAAUCAAGCUCUUUUCUUGUGAGGGUAAAAGCGGUAACUACUAUAAAAAAUUCCGAAUGCUGUACUAUAUUGAACUCAAAACGAUUUGCGGCACAAUGAUCUGACCUGUGUGGCUCUUCGAAUCAAUAAAAGAUUUUUGUACUCUGCUUGGCUUUUGGGAAUCUCUGUGUAAGAGGAAGAACGGAGAAGAGAUCCGUCACCAGAAGUGUAUUUGUCGGCUUUGCUUUGUCUAGAUGGGGCGUGGGAAGAUAGAAAUAAAGAGGAUCGAGAACAGAACAAACCGGCAGGUGACGUUCUCAAAGAGGCGAAGUGGGCUGAUAAAAAAGGCGUAUGAACUGUCGGUGCUGUGCCAGGCUGAAGUGGGUCUCAUUAUCUUUUCCAGCAGAGGUAAACUCUACGAGUAUGGCAGUCAUGGUGUUACUAGAACAAUUGAGAGAUACAAGAGGACUUAUACAAAAGGAAAAGAAUGUGAAGAAAAUACAAAUUUGAACAUAGAGAAUCUCAAGGUGGAAGUCACAAAGUUGAGGCACCAAGUUGAUAUUUUAAAUAAUGAAAAAAGGAAUUUAGAAGGAGAAAACAUUUCAUCUCUAGACAUCAAGCAACUUAAACAACUCGAAAUCUAUCUUGAACAGGGGCUAGAUAGAGUGCGAUCAAACAAGGAUAAAAUGCUUCUUCAAGAGAUUGAGGCAAUACAAAAAAAGAAGCAAUUUCUACUAUUUCAAAAUCAAUUACUCCAUAACAAGAUAUCACAAUCUCAGAGUGCAAAAUUUUCGAAUGCAUCGCAUUACUCCAACAACUUCUUGCUUCAAAUGGAUCCCAAUAGAACUACUAUGAAUGGGAAUUUAAUUGAGAUAGUUCCUCAAUAUUCCCCAGAAGAUUCAACUAGCACUCACACUGCUCUUCAGCUAGGAGGUGCACGUAACUAAGUUUAGCUACAAUAUAUUUUAUUUAAGGUAAGACUGUUACUCUAAAUGUUUAAUUUAAUAAACAUAUUCUAUAUAAAUGUAUAUAUAAAA